AACUGUAUAUAGAAUUUUUAAUUGCAAAAUAAUAAAAUUUUCAACGAAGAAUGUCAAGAUACAACAUUUAUAUUAUCGUCGUUGCUGUUUUCAUAACUAAUGCCAUUGCAUUAGAAUGCAGAUUUGGAAUGUCCAUUCAUUUUGCUCAUACGAAAAGAAUACAACUGAAAGAAAAAAAGAUACUUUGUCAAAAUACUGACGCGGUAUGUGGACGUGUCACCCUCCAUGCAAGAGCUGAUAACAAGAAUGUCACUGUACAUACGGCGUCAUGCAUCAAUGAGACAUACUGUGAGGAUGAUCAACCUCAAUGCUCUGUAGCACAUCUGGAGAAUAUGACUGAUCCUGUUGAUUUCCAAAAAAUUUAUACUUGUAGAACUAAAUGCUGUAAACAUAACAACUGCAACAUUCAUUCCACGAAGACUCCGGAUCGAGCAAGUAGGAAACGCCCUGUAAAAGUAAAUGGAGUUAAAUACCCACAACUGCAAUGUUACACUGGAAUAAGAGAGCACGAUCACAUGGGACGAACGUUAACACACGAACUGGAGGAAAAGACUUGCUUAUACGCAGCACACGGUGGAAGAAGAAUGUUACAAUCCAGAUGUUUGUCUGCUGAAGUUGUAACUCGCCAAAACAAAUCAGAUGCAUUACCAUUGGUUACAACGCUGUCACACUGCCUACAUCUAUCCAUGUGUAGAAGCCUGACGUGUGACGAAAUGCAAGCCAAGCUUACAAAAGACAAGGACGUAAUAGUGGAAAGAUGUAACAUAACUUGCUGUAGUGAAGAUUUUUGCAAUGGAGCAACGCGUAACAGUCUGUCCAAUGUUUAUUUAAUCAGAGUUACGUUAACCAUACUUCUAACUUUGUUAUAUGUCAGUUGAGUGUUUUAUGAGACAUUGUUAAUAAAAAAAAUCCG